AUGUCUUAUGAACAUGCUAAUGAUAUGAAUCAAAUUGCUAACAAUGUCCAUUCAUUUAUCGAAGAUGGAAUUUUUUAUGAUGUCGUUGAUAAAAGCAUUUCCCAACAAGCUAUCGAGAAAGCUAAGAUUGAUUCAAUUAGCUAUAAUGAACUUCUUUCACUGGAAAAAUCAAAACGAAAAUCAGCCAAAGUUACUGUUAAUAGCUUUGAUGAUGUUUUAGAGAUUCUUCAUUUCUACAAAAAAUUUCUGAAACUUGAAUCAUCGCAAUCUUUGAUAGAGUUUUUAGAAAAAUAUAAAUCAAAUGGUACAAAAGAUAAUGAAAUCAAACAAUUAAAAAGCGAUAUUUCAACAUUGCAAAAUACAAAUGAACAAUUAAUACGAGCAUCUAAUGAUUUUACCACAAUCUUUUCAUUAAAGAAUUCAAAUAAUUUUGAUGCAGCAUACAGUUUUCUGAAAACAAUUUCAGAUAAUAAAGAUAAAAUGAUGAUUAGAAAGUCAUGCUUGCUUGGAUUAAGUGAAAUUAGGGAUGGAAAUGAAAACACUCCACUUAUUGCGGCAUGUAUUAAUGGAGAUUAUCAAUUAACUAAAUCUCUUAUUGAAGGAGGAUGCAAUCGCAAAUGCACAAAUGAUAGGGAGGGAAAUUGUUUAUUUGAAGCAUCACUUGCAGGACAUCUUGAGAUUGUCAGAUAUUUGAUUUCAGUUGGCUUUGACAAAAAUUGGCGUAAGAAAACCAGGCGUAGUACAGCAAUUUUGGCUGCUUCAUCUAACAGACAUCUUAAAGUAGUGAAAUAUUUGAUAAGUAUUGGCUGUGAUGCAAAUUCAUCAAAUUUUAGAAAUUUAAAUUGCAUUUAUUUUGCAUCACUAAAUGGUCAUCUUGAAACUGUCAAAUAUCUUAUUUCUAUGGGAGGAAAUCCAGCUCAAAUAACGCAUGAUGGAUGUUCACCGUUAAUGAUCGCAGUAAUACGGGGUCAUUUUGCAAUAGUUAAGUAUCUCAUUUCAUUUGGAUUAGACCUCCAUGUCAAAAACAUUUAUGGAGAAUCUCCAAUAAUUCUUGCAUCAAAAAAUGGUCAUCUAAAUAUUGUCAAAUAA